UAGACGAUCAACCAUUUCCACUCCCAGUUGACCAAAACCCCAUCUCUCUCCUUCUUCCUCUUCCCCCCCUCCCUCCCUCUCUCUCUAUCGUCGGAAACAAUGGCGGAUUCCGGCGAGACUCUGGCGGCGGGACCCCGCGUCGUCGUCCUCCACAACGCCGAGGUCGUGACUAUGGACGCCGAGUCCCGCGUCCUCCUCGGCGGCGCCGUCGUCGUCUCCGGCGACCGCGUCGAGGCCAUCGGCGCCUCCCCGCAGAUCCUCGCCGACUUCGCCCAUCUCGCCCACGAAGUUGUGGACCUCCGCGGCCGCGUCGUCCUCCCAGGGUUUGUGAACACCCACGUACACACGUCGCAGCAGCUGGGGAGGGGAAUCGCCGACGACGUGGACCUGAUGACGUGGCUCCACGAACGCAUAUGGCCUUAUGAAUCCCACAUGACCCCGGAAGACUCCUACUUAUCCACCCUGCUCUGUGGGAUUGAGCUCAUUCACUCCGGAGUAACGUGCUUUGCGGAAGCAGGAGGGCAAUAUGUUUCAGAGAUGGCAAGAGCAGUUGAGCUGUUGGGUUUACGUGCAUGCUUGACCCAGUCAACUAUGGACUCGGGUGAGGGUCUGCCUCCAAAUUGGAGCUCACACUCUACUGAUUAUUGCAUUCAGUCUCAGAAGGAACUUUACGAAAAGCACCAUAAUACAGCCGAUGGGCGUAUCAGGAUUUGGUUUGGGAUAAGACAAAUCAUGAACGCGACUGAUCGGUUGCUACUUGAAACUCGGGAUAUCACUCAGGAACUAAAGACAGGCAUCCAUAUGCAUAUUGCAGAAAUCCCUUACGAAAAUCAGCUCAUCGUGAAUACAAAAGGAGUUGAGCAUGGUACAGUGACAUACUUGGAGAAACUAGGAUUUCUAAGGAGCAAUCUAUUAGCAGCACAUUCCGUUUGGCUGAAUGAUGCUGAGAUAGGUUUCUUUUCCGGUGCUGGUGUUAAGGUCUCUCAUUGCCCUGCCUCUGCGAUGCGCAUGCUGGGAUUUGCUCCUAUAAAGGAAAUGCUUGAGAAUGGUGUUUGUGUUUCUCUUGGUACCGACGGAGCACCGAGCAAUAAUAGAAUGAGCAUUGUUGAUGAGAUGUAUCUAGCUUCUCUUAUCAAUAAAGGACGGGAGUCAUACAUUACUGGAACAACAAACCCAACUGCCAUCCCUGCUGAAACUGUACUGAAGAUGGCAACGAUAAAUGGUGCUGAAACAGUUUUGUGGGACAAUGAGAUAGGGUCUCUUGAAGUUGGGAAAAAGGCUGACAUGAUUGUUGUGAAUCCCUUUUCUUGGUCGAUGGUUCCUUUACAUGACUGUAUUUCUAGCCUCGUUUACUGCAUGCGCACAGAGAAUAUAGAAUCUGUCAUGUGUAAUGGGAAAUGGAUUAUGAAGGAUCAGAAGAUCUUGAACAUCAAUGAGGAGGAAGUCAUACCAUUGGCUGUAAAAGCCGCUGGUGACCUUCUUAAAAGAGCAGGCAUUAGUCUUCCUAAACGAAUGAAUUAUGUAUGAAAUUUCCCUUCUCUAUUUAAGGCUUGGUUCUUUGCUUCGUGUUGAGGAUUGUGCUAUAAUGUACUACUAUGUAACAGUAUAUAGCAAUGUUAUUUGCGCGCCACCCGACCUACAUGGAGUCUACACGACUUUGAUACUGUUUGUGCAUUUGAAAUAAAGAUCCAGAUUGUGUGCUUGAA